GACCGUAAGUAGUACAAGUAUGCUCAGACAUUACUCGCUCCUAGACGCCUUCCUCCACGAUACAGCAUCUAUUACUCACGAAGCGAUAUAGGAGUAAGUACCUCCGCAGAGCUGUACCAGUUUGGAACUUCUAGAAUAGGGUAAGUACCACUGACACUGACAGGAUGACAGGAUUAAUAUUAUUACCGUGUACUACUAGUACUAGUAUAAUUGAAGCCGUAUAUAUUAUGUAGUCGGCUCUGUCGCGCGGCCUUGUCAGCAUUUUGUGAUUCUGACUCCUCUGUCAGUGACUCGUUCGAGUUGUUUGUCGCCAUUUUCCCAUUUUCUUUCUCUCCCUUUCACCAUCAUGUCCUCCCAGCGGGCAGAUGAAGAGACACCAUUGUUGCAACAAGAGCAACAGAAAAAGCAGCGGACCCCACUGCCGUGGCGACAGUUCUCUAUCAUCUUGUUCCUGCAACUUGCUGAACCGCUCACUUCGCAAGUUAUCUCUCCAUUUGCGCCACAGCUGAUACGAGAUAUUGGGAUCACGAAUGGAGACGAAACAAAAGUUGGCUAUUAUGUCGGACUCAUGCACUCUCUUUUCUUUGCAACCCAAGCACUUACUGUACUUCACUGGAGUCGUAUCUCUGACCAUAUCGGCCGAAAGCCCGUGAUUUUGACAGGGUUAUUUGGUUUGUCGGCCUCCAUGUACUGUUUUGGCCUGUCAAAAACAUUCGCGGGUCUUGUAUUAAGUCGGGCUCUUAACGGCGCCCUGAACGGAAAUAUUGGCGUGAUUAAGAGUAUGAUGGUGGAGAUUACAGAUUCGACUAGUCUCCCUCAGGCAUAUGCAUAUAUGCCGAUAGCGUGGUCAAGUGGUGGGACACUAGGGCCUCUUAUUGGAGGAGCUCUUGCACGGCCUGCAGACCGCUUCCCUGAUGUUUUCGGGAACUCUGAGUUUUUCAAGACGUACCCCUACUUUCUUGCAUGUGCUGUCCCUGCAACCUUUUCUGCUGUCGCGUGGAUAGUCACAUCAAUUUUCUUGAAGGAGACUGUGUCAGCUCCUAAAUCCCUUGGCAGUUUGAUCAAAGCAAAAUUUAAUAAAAAAAGCGAAAGCACUCGGACUACGGAUUCUUUGGAACCAACAUUGAUUGGAACUGAUUCGACCGAUACCCUACAAAAUCAAAGCAUUACGAAGAAAAAUAACGACGAUGGAGAACCUCUCCCACUUCGAGCUCUCUUGAUACCCCGUGUAAUUAUUGCAGCGGGAAACUAUGGAACCCUGUCUUUAUUGGAUAUUGCCUUUCGAGCCAUGCAACCACUUUUCUAUGCUACGCCGAUAGAACUAGGAGGUCUUGGUCUACCACCUGCCAGCAUUGGCAAUAUCUUGGCUGUCUAUGGCAUUAUAAAUGGAUUGUUCACGAUUUUCUUCUUUGCCGACUUGCACGACCGCUUUGGCACUAAAGCCAUAUUCACUGUCGCCAUUUUUUCUGGAAUACCUACCAUUAUGACAUUCCCUGUCAUCAACAUGCUAGCUAGAUCACAAGGACUGAGUUUGAUGGUAUGGUCUGUAGUCGGCCUGCAGGUCAUGCUCUCUGUCAUUCUAAACUUAGCUUACGCAUGUAUAUUUAUCUUCAUCUCCGCCGCUUCUCCCAAUCGAGCAUCAUUGGGAGCGACUAACGGUCUUGCUCAAAUGAUAGUGUCAAUCAUGCGAACCAUUGGACCGGCCUCAGCCAGCUCUGUUUUCUCGCUUUCCAUUCAGCACAAUUAUCUUGGUGGAUGGUUGGUUUAUUAUUUCAUGGUCUUCCUUGUCCUCAUUGGAUUAUUUGCAUCUGCUUUCCUUCCUCGACGUCUCUGGAAUAGUUAAAGGAUUUUACGACCCUUCCCCAUGCAUGUUACAAUGAUCAUUACGACGUCCCACUUGUGUAGCUUCAGUCUCUAGUUUGAUACGCAUUGCACAUAUCAUAGAACGGUCGCCGCCGAAUACGCCAUAGUACAUACCCUUUCCCUGUAACUCGUUUAUCAUGAAACCCACAAAAGGUCCUUCCUAAAAUGGAGGUGACCAAAGUGAGGCAAACAGCGCUAUUGUGCCACACCGCCUCCAAGCAAGUCUUAUAUACUCAGUCAGCCUAUAUUUCCUGUGUAACACUGACUUUUAUUCCCAUUAUCUCUACCUUAUAUCGCUGAAAACAUCCUGUCGACGCAAUUCCAUCACCAUGUCUGGUUUCGCUGCGCUCAUGGCUCUGAGCGCUACACAGACCAAGCAAGCUCAGACAGCUGUACAAUCGGCGCUACAGCAGCGCCAGCGCAACGAGGAGAUCAAGCGGAAGAAACAGGAAGAACAGGAUAAAAAGGAACGUGAACUUCAGGCGAAAAUUCGUACGAUGCAUUUCGAGGAGGAAAAGAAACAGAAAGAGAUGGAGGAACGUCGUGAGGCGGAUGAGCGGAGGAAAGCGAUGGAAAAGCAACGGCGGGAGGAGGAACAAAGGAAAGCUCUACUAUACGGCCCCAAGAAAGCCAAAACCGACGGCCGACAUAAGUUGCCGUCUUCGCAUUCAGGUUCUCAUGAGGAAGUGCGCAGGCGCAGGAUACCAUCUGAUGACGAAGGCGGCUCCCGUGGAGAAUCGCCAUCCCUUGCCCUAACCAGAGAGGAAAAGCGACAGCGCAGGGUGGACGCUGAAAUGCGCCGCACUUACAAAUCCUCUCACCGGUCUCAUACCUCAGGUUAUUCUAAGGCAGGGAGACGACUACCAGGUGGAGCUAUUGACGUGACAUCUGCACUGAACGUCGAUUCUUCACAAGGUGGAUCGCAGUCGGUGAAGGCCCGGAUUGCCGCUCUACCGAACACUCUAACAAGGCUCAAUGUCAACAAACGAGAUACACGGACCAUUGAUGAGAUUCUUCAAGAUAGAGCGAAAGCGCGGGAAGUCAAGGUAUUGGACGGUGAUGAUGCUCGGGAGUUCAAUGACUGGUUCGGGAAGUCAAAGAAGAAAGAUGUCGCGUUGAAGACGGGCACCCCUGUCGCGGUGGUCUCUGCACCUUCCUCUGGUGCAAACUCACCCUUUUCCCAGGACUCUGCGAAGGGCAAUGCUACGCCUUCGACGUACGUUGCAGCUAAGAAAUCGUCUGCGCACAAGCUACCUUCGCUCGCCUCAUCUACCCCAAAGGGCUCAAAAGCUGUUACGUCGUCUUCCGGAUCGAAAACACCAUCCAUACCCAAACUUGCUCCAAUCGAUACUAAAUACUCUUCCAUGAACUCAUCUUCGCACAAUCAGUCUUCUUCUGCGAAGCUCAGUGCCCCGCCUCUCAAAACGCAAACAUCCAAAGCAUCUGCGUCGUCCACUAACCCUCGUUCUGCUGCUUCACUCAAGAAACGCAACCGUUCUUCCUCUUUUUCGUCUGCUUCCCCUCCCCCUUCUGCGAAGCGUCGCGCCGUUUCACCACAAGCAUCUCAUUCAGCCUUAAGCGCUGAGAUUUGGAAGUUAUUCGGCAAAGACAGAGGUGCCUAUGUUCAGCGCGAUGUCUUGAGUGACGACGAGGAUAUGGAGGCAGAUGCAAGCGCCUUAGAAAAGGAAGAACUGAGGAGCUCUCGCAUUGCCAAGAAGGAGGAGGAACUGGCCCUGGAAGAAGAAAGGCGUCACGAGGAAGAGAAGCGAAGGAAAAAGCGCGAAAGGGAAUUGAAGGAAAAGCGAGGGCAGUGAUUUCUUUUCAAAGGGAGGAUUAGAUGAUUGGUUUUCCUUGAUCUAUCUUGUUUCAGGCACGCGGACAUGACUUUCUUAUCCAUGAACUUUUUUGUCCACGUCCCCGAAUUUUUAUUUUGCGAUCAUUUUAAAUGCAGAAUCUUCAGCUAUACGGAUUGUCAUCACAGCCCACGCAUCUGUUUCACACUUGGCAAAGUAUGUUUAUAUGUUACACCCAUGUAUUUUUGCGCAUAUUAUUAUUGGAUUGGAGAAAUCAACCUACUUCACUUAAGAA